GUAAACGCGAAAGAAGAGUAUCUCUUUUUCUUUUUCUUACACUAUCUCAUUUAUUAUUUCCUCAUCCAAUUAUUAAUCAAAUUUAUUCAAUUUCAUCCGUUUAUUUAUCCUUCCUAUUUGUUCUUCUUCUUUGCCACUUUGUCUGAGUUGUUAAGGCCACUGCUGUACAAUUUUCUCCUGCGAUUUUGCUCAAGAAAUCGAAUUUUCAUGAACCCCACGUAAACUAAAGAUGGAACACAACAAAAUUAUCAACUCUCUCUCCUAUUUUAUUUGAAGUGGAGCCUUGGAGUAACUGGUAAAGCUGUUGCCAUGUGAUCAGGUGGUCACGGGUUCAAACUUUGGAAACAGCCUAUGGCAGAAAUGUAAGGUAAGACUGUAUACGAUACACCCUUGUGGUGGGGCUCUUCUCCGAACACCGCGCAUAGCGGUAGCUUUAGUGCACGGGCUGUCCUUUUUUCUCUCCUAUUUUAUUUAUGUGUUUAAAAAAUAAUAACCUACUUUCUUUUUUAAUCUGUUUUAUAAAAGAAAGAUUUUUUUCUUUUUUUGGCAAUACUUUAAUUUCAAUUUUUCACGUAACAUAUUUAGGACCACAACAUUAAAUGACAUUUUGAUACAUUUGACAUAACUUUAAUUUAAGGUCAUAAGAUUAAAAAAUCUUUUUUAUUUUCUUAAAUUUUGUGCUUUAAACUAUGUCAUUCUUUUUGAAACUGUGGGAGUAUUUAUUAUCAUUUGCAUCGAGUAUUUUCAAACUAAUGAGUUUAACAAACUAAUGAGUUUAACUUUUAUAGACUAUAGUCGUAUCACCAAAAUAAGUUGAUAGUCAUAUCAUCAAUAUAAGUGGGACUUAUUUGGAUUUAUUUGGCCAUAAAAAUUAUGAAAUUUGAAAAGGUAGAUUUUGUACUCAACGUGAAAAAUGGUAUUUGAAAAUCAGAGUUAUGUUUGGCCAUGAAUAUAAAUUAGAGUAGUUUUUUAAUUUUUGCGAAUAAUUUGGAAUGAAAAUAAUUUUUUUUUAGUGUUUUUCAAAUUCCGGAACUUAUUCUCAAGUCGAAUAUCGGAAUUUUCCUAAAUUUUAUGACAAAACAUGACUUUUGGUAUUCCAACUCCUGAAAGUAAAAAAUAUUCAUGGUCAAACUACAACUUAGUAACUUGAAUUUUAGUUUAAUAAAUAGGAUGCUACAGUAAUUACAUCCCUGAACUUUUCUGAUCUUCUUCUUUUUCUCAAAAAAAAUAAAAAUAAAUCUUUCUUUGAGUAAAAAAGAUCAUAUUUUGAGAAAUGAAUGUGAAAACAAGACUUUGUUGUGAUGGCUCAAUGAUUGUCAAUAAAAGUGGUAAUGAAGGUGGCAUUAUUGUAUUGUACUCUUUGGACUUUGUUGGCAAUGAUGAAAGGAAGCUACCUCAUCAAUUCUUCAUGGUUUUCAUAUUACUCAACAUUUUCAAGAAAGAACACAAUAAUUCAAUAAUGCUAUAACUCUUCAUGGCUUUAAUGCAGUGAUUUGAUCUUCUUAUAUUUGAUUGAUUUCACUUAUUAGUCCACUCAAAUUCUACCGAUGUUGAGCAGGGAUUUCAUCAAUCUAAUAUCUUGCAGUCGGGAAAUGGACAAAGCGAUGACAUUAGUUGCGUUUAGACUAUUUGUUUUUCUGUCUAUUUUACUUCUGCCAAAUGUAUCAGAAGCUGAACCUAGAUCUCAGACGGUCCAGAUCAUAUGUGGUAACCAGGUUGAGCAUAAUGCUACAGCUUUUGUCCCGAAUUUUAUUGCCACAAUGGAAACCAUAAGUGGGCAAAUGAGAACCCGAGGCUAUGGAGUUGCACUCACCGGCAGUGGACCGGAUGCUAACUAUGGACUAGCACAGUGUUAUGGUGAUCUUUCUUUACUUGACUGUACCCUAUGCUAUGCUGAGGCUCGAACUGUCCUUCCCCAAUGCUUUCCUUUCAAUGGAGGGCGAAUUUAUCUAGAUGGCUGCUUUAUGCGGUCGGAGAAUUACACAUUCGAUCACCAGUAUUUAGGACCUGAAGACAGACAUGUCUGUGGAAAUAAAACCAGAAAGGGUUCGUUGUUCCAGCAAACUGCUAGGCGAGCUGUCCAGCAAGCAGUUGCUAAUGCACCAAACAGUAAUGGCUAUGCACGUGCUGAAGUGGCAGUGCCUGGGGCAACGAACGAGACAGCAUAUGUCCUAGCUGAUUGCUGGAGAACCAUUAGUGCUAACUCGUGUCGAGCUUGUUUGCAAAAUGCAUCUGCCUCCAUGAUGGGGUGCUUACCUUGGUCAGAAGGCCGAGCAUUGUACACAGGAUGCUUCAUGAGGUACUCAGAUGUCAAUUUUCUUAAUGCUAUAGCUAGCAGUGGAGACUCAUCAUCAAAAGGAAGUGUGGUAGUUAUUAUAAUUGCUGUUGUUAGUGCUGUGGCCAUCUUCGUAAUGGGAGCUACUAUCACCUUUUAUAUGUGGAAGAACAAGCAAAUACAGAAGAAGCGAAAAGGUUCCAAUGAUGUGGAGAAAUUAGUGAAGACCCUUAAUGACAGCAGCCUGAACUUCAAGUAUUCAACUCUUGAGAAAGCCACGAGAUCUUUUGACAAGGUGAACAAGCUUGGGCAAGGUGGAUUUGGCACAGUUUAUAAGGGAGUUCUACAAGACGGGAGAGAGAUAGCUGUCAAAAGGCUGUUCUUCAACAACAAACACAGAGCUGCGGAUUUUUACAAUGAAGUCAAUAUUAUUAGCAGUGUUGAGCACAAAAAUCUAGUAAGGUUAUUAGGGUGCAGUUGUUCUGGACCUGAAAGCCUUCUUGUGUAUGAGUUCCUCCCGAACCAUAGUCUAGAUCGGUUUAUCUUUGACCCUAGCAAAGGCAAAACAUUGAACUGGGAGAAAAGAUUUGACAUCAUUAUAGGGACUGCAGAAGGUUUGGUCUACCUCCAUGAAAACAACAAGACGAGGAUUAUUCAUAGAGAUAUAAAAGCCAGCAACAUCCUGUUAGAUUCGAGGCUCAGAGCAAAAAUUGCUGAUUUUGGCUUGGCUAGGUCUUUCCAAGAAGACAAGAGUCACAUAAGCACUGCUAUUGCUGGGACUUUAGGAUAUAUGGCGCCAGAAUACUUGGCCCAUGGCCAAUUAACCGAAAAGGCAGAUGUAUACAGCUUUGGUGUUCUUUUAUUGGAGAUUGUUACUGGAAGGCAGAAUAAUAGAAGUAAAAACACUGAAUACUCUGACAGCUUAAUUUCGAUUGUUGAUUUAACCAUUGACGUGGAUGAAACAGGCAUGGCAUCAUUUUCAACAUGAGAGAGUAGAGGAACUGUUUGAUCCAAAUCUUACGCUGCAUAACCAUCAUACAAGCAAUGUAAAAAGGGAGGUUCUAAGAAUGGUACAUGUAGGACUUUUGUGCACACAAGAGGUGCCGGGAUUAAGACCAUCGAUGUCUAAGGCAUUGCAGAUGCUAGUAAAGAAAGAAGAAGAGUUACCUGCACCAACUAAUCCUCCCUUUGUAGAUGAGAAAACCAUGGAGCUUCAUGACCCUUGGGAUACGCCAUCUUAUCCCCAUAGAGAAGGUGAUUCGGCUUCAAUUGCCAACAUUUCUCACAGCUCUUUCUAUCCCAGAUGAUGUUUCGGUGGCCUCAAACUGACAUAUGACAUAACUGUGCGAUAAAACAAUUCUUGUGCAUCUCGAGUAUCAUCUUGCCUCAUUUUCCUUUUUGCACACCUGUGGUAGCAGAUGUUUGUUAGCAACAAGUUGCUUUGUCAUUGUAAUGGUGAGGUGUUUUCACAAAUCUUGGGGGCAGUUUAUCAUUGUUAUAUAAGUAGAUACGCAUUAAAUCUUGUCGUUUGUAAUGGUGAAUUAAGAGAUUGUUGGGCAUAUUACUGGUAAUAUUGUAGUACAAGAUUAAAUAUCGUUUAUUGUUUAUUUCAA